AUAUUUGUACAUUCUUAUAAUAGAUAGCAUAAUGACAUUAUAGGGCAAACUAAAAUUGUUGACCACAAAUAAUGACAUUAUAGUACUAACCAGAACGUUGCCAUUUCAAGAUAGCUAUUUGGAUACUAUUCAUUAUUAUUUUUUUGACCUGGUGUGUAAUUAUGUCUGCUGAGCAGAAAGAAGAAUUGUUGGAUGAGUUUUUAUGCAACAAGCCAACACCCAGUAACACACAAGACAAAUUUUUUGAUAGUGUUAUUGGUUUUAUUGAGGAUAUCGUAGUCCAUCCAGAUUUUCAGCACAAGCAAACAAACUUUUUAGAUAAGUAUUGCCAUGAGUUUGAGCAUUGUGAAGAAAAUAAACUUAUAUAUACUCCCAUAUUUAAUGAGUAUGUUAGCAUGAUUGAGAAACACAUUGAAAGUGAACUGGUGCUACGUUUGCCUAAAUUUGAUAUGUCAGAGUUCAUGAAAAUUCUGCCUGCAAGAAGAAAUGAGGUCAGUGAGGAAUUAUUUGAGAUGUUGCUCAGUUUAACAGACUUUUUGAUAUUUAAAGAAUUGAUUUUAGACCAUAAAUCUUAUCGUGAUGGCAAAGUAGCUGAUUUAUCAUUUGGAUUGACUGUUACCUCAUUUAGGAAACAUUGAUAAUAAAGCUUAAGAUUUUUUGCUUCUACAUUUACAAUUUGUAAUUGAGCUUCUCAUAUUUUGACAUCCAAUCAAAAUGCAGAAGCAAUAAGCAGAUUCUAAAAAGUUGUAAAUCAUUUCUGAUAACGAAACAGUCAAAGUUUUAACAAGUAAAAA